AUGCUACCUCCCGACGUCAUUGGUGAAAUUCGGAACAUUCCGCAGAUGAGCUUUAGUAAAGCUUUCGAAAUGGACUUUCACGGAGGAAUUCCUGGAUUUGAAUCUAUCGAAUCGGAAUCUCGAAGUGAUCUACUCCUGCAGUCCGUUAUUAGGAAGCAACUGACUUUGUCUUUGAGCAAGAUGACUGCACCUCUGUCUCAGGAGGCUGCUUUUGCUUUGUCUAUACACCUUGGCGAGAACCCAGAAUGGCACGAAAUCACUAUUAAAGAUCCGCUUCUCAGCAUCGUCGCGCGUUUGUCUUCACGAAUAUUCUUGGGCGAAGAGUUAUGCAGAGAUGAGGAUUGGCUACGUGUCACUAAAUCUUACGCCCUUUCAGUCUUCAAUGCAGCUCCCGAAUUGCGACUAUGGCCCCGUUCACUUCGAAAAGUUGUUCACUGGUUCUUGCCUCACUGUACCAGAGUCCGGGCAUUAGCCAAAGAAUCUAGGAAGAUAAUAGGUCCAGUCGUCCAGAAGCGUCGAGAAAUUAAACGAGCCGCUCUUGCGUCGGGGAAACCGAUUCCCGAGUUUAAUGAUGCAUUGCAAUGGGCAGAAGAAGAAGCUGGUCAGGACUUCAUUCCAGAAGUAUUCCAGCUGUCCUUGUCUUUGGUGGCUAUACACACAACGACAGACCUGCUUGACCAAUGUGUACUAGAUAUUGCUCAGAAUCCAGAAAUUGUGGCACCUCUUCGAGAGGAAAUCAGAGACGUCUUACGAAGUCAAGGGUGGAAAAAGACGUCGCUUUACUCUAUGAAGCUUCUGGAUAGCUGUAUCAAAGAAUCUUCACGGAUGAAACCGCUCAGCAUUGUUGGCAUGCGCCGCAACGUGGUUGACGAUGUUCGACUGUCUAAUGGGCUGGUUCUGAAGAAGGGUACUUGUACCCAAAUGGACCUAUAUCGAAUGAGGGAUCCGGAUUUCUAUGAGAAUCCCAACCAGUGGGACGGGUAUCGCUUCUUUAAAAAAAGGUUAGAACCGGGCAAAGAGAACCUGUCGCAACUCGUGGCUACAAGUGACGACCACCUUGGAUUUGGCCACGGAAUACACGCAUGCCCGGGGCGCUUUUUUGCUGCAAACGAGAUCAAGGUUACGUUAUGUCACAUGAUAAUGAAAUAUGACUGGAAGUUAGUUCCUGGUACGGACUUCGAGCCCGCGAUGACGGGCACUCGAUCGAACUCGAACCCUGCCGCGCAGCUACUGAUGCGGAGAAGGACUAAUGUAGAGUUUGAUAUUGAUUCAAUCUGA